AUGGCCUCUGAGCUGGGCUCUGUCCUGCUGAAGAGGAGGAUCACAUGUUGUCCUGGUGUUAAAGCAGAGCAGGCCGACCCACAGGAAGAGGGAAACAUGUUUUUUACGACCCUGCUCUGUCUGCUGUCACUGCGGCCUGGUUUCGCCGCUCUAAUGAAUUCUCCAUUGGACGAGCAUUUUCAUCACCCCCCCAGUCAAAGAGACGUAGUUUCAUCUCCUGAUGCCUCAGGGAAUGGGCGGCUGCGUCGUUGGGCGCUGAUGCCUGAUAUCACACAUCUGGAGCUGCUGGUAGUGGUCGGGCCUGAUGUCCAGCAGGUCCACAAGCAGGACACAGAACGCUACAUCCUCACCAACCUCAACAUCGCCUCAGAGCUGUUGAGAGACACCGCCCUGGGUGCCAAUAUGAGGGUGCACCUGGUCCGCAUGAUCAUCCUGUCAGAGCCAGAGCCAGAGAUCCAAAUGUCUCCCGACAUCACCUCCUCCCUCAGAAGUGUGUGUGACUGGGGCCGAAGGAUUAACCCCUCAAACGAUACAGACCCACUCCACGCUGAUCUUCUGUUAUACAUUACACGGUACGACCUGGUGUUGCCUGAUGGGAACAGUCUGGUCAGGGGUGUAGCGCAGCUGGGUGGUGCUUGCUCCAGUGAAUGGAGCUGUGUGAUCACAGAGGACACGGGCUUUGACCUGGGGAUCACCAUCACUCAUGAGAUUGGCCACAGUUUUGGACUCUACCAUGACGGAGUAGGAAACACCUGCAGCAGGAGUGGGUUCAUAAUGGCCUCUGAUGGCGGCUACAACAGUGUGGAUCUGACCUGGUCUUCCUGCAGCAGACAGGAGCUGCUCACAUUCUUCAGUGACGGUGAAGCUGAGUGUGUAAAGGACCUGCCAGCACUGGGAGGCUCCCUACAAGACUGGAAGCCUGGUCUAUACUACGGAGUUGAUGACCAGUGUCGUAUAGCUUUUGGUAGCACUGCAAGAGCCUGUUCUUUCACCAAUCCUGACCUGGUUACUUGUCGUGUCUUGUCCUGUCACAUUAACCCCGAUGAUAACAGCUCCUGCAAACGCCUCCUGGUCCCACUGCUGGACGGGACAGAGUGUGCACCUAAUCAGUGGUGUCUGAAGGGGCGUUGCGUGUCCUUAGAUGAGCUCAGCUCUUCUGUGGUGGUGCAUGGCUCCUGGUCCAACUGGUCUGAGUUCUCCCCUUGCUCACGGACAUGUGGUGGGGGAGUCACUCACCGCACACGGAAAUGCAAUAACCCAAGACCUGCUUUUGGUGGAAAUGAUUGUGAGGGAUCGGAUAUUGAGGCUGGACUUUGUCACCAGCAAGCAUGUGAGCUCACCCAGCUGGAUUUCAUGGCAGAGCAGUGUUCCCAAACAGACCACCACCCCCUCUACCUGCUACCAAACACUGCCACCUUCUACACCUGGAUCCCUGCUAUAGGUUUUGCACAAGGGGAUGAGCAGUGCAGAUAUAUGUGCCAGUCAAAAGGAGAAAACUUCAUAGUAAGCCGUGGCUCUCAGUUUGUUGAUGGGACUCGCUGUGAGACCGACAGCCCACCUCACUUUGGCUCCACAGCUGCUUGUCUUCGAGGGAAAUGCCAGCUGUUUGGCUGUGAUGGUGUGCUGCACUCUGGGAAAGUGAGGGAUGUGUGCGGGGUGUGUGGUGGAGAUGCAUCCUCCUGCAGUUUGACCGCUGACUCCUACACUAGCGGUCAGGCCAGAGAGUAUACCCCAUUCCUAUCUCUGCCAGUGAAUGCCACGCAGGUUUAUAUUGUCAACAGGGCACCUCUCUUCACUCACAUGGCGGUCAUGGUUGGUGAUCGGUACAUUGUGUCCGGGACGGGCAACAUGGCACUGACUACGACCCACCUCCCACUGGAUGAUAACCACCUAGAGUACCACCUCCACCUGACCCCUGACCUUUUGCCUGAGAUGGAGGAGCUGCUGCUGCCGGGACCGCUGUCAGAAGAAAUACACGUGCAGGUCUAUCGCAAAUAUGGAAAAGAAUACGGAGAGAAAACUAAUCCAAACAUUAGCUACCACUUCUAUGUACCUAUCAGAAACAGCGACUUGACAGACAUCUCAUCGGACGGAAAAUGGGCUGUCUUCACAACACCCUGCUCUGUCUCCUGUGGAUCCGGUGUACAGAAGCAGGUUUAUGUCUGUGUAGAUGAAGACACCAAUAACCAUUUGGAGGAACACAAUUGUGAAACACCUCCUCCCGCCCGUACUGCUUCAACACAACCUGUCAGCUGUCCCCCUGUCCCCCCAGAUGGCGGAGCGUCGGAGCCAGGGGAGUGUUCGGCAGUGUGCGGGCCAGGAGAAGCUAACGCGACGUGUCAUGUGUCCGGCCAGAAGAUGUGUGAAGAUGUUGAAGUGGAUCAACGGGUUUGUUCUUUGAAGAUCAAACCGACUGAUUCUGUGCCCUGUGUUGUUGAUGUUUGUCCCAUUGGAUGGCAAUCUAAGGCAGAGGUAAAUGCUAAAGUCGGUGUGUCGCCACGCUCUAAACAGGCUCCUGUGUAUGUCUGGAGUCCUGUUAUCAGCCAGUGCUCCAAGACCUGUGGCAAUGGAACCCUGCAGGUGUGGUUCUCCUGCGUGGACCACCAGACCAGACUCAGGGUGACGGACAUCCACUGUGAUGCUUCUACCAAACCUCCUCCUCAGUCUGAGACCUGCAACACAUCUCCUUGCCCCCCCCUGUGGCGCUCUAAGCAAGGAGUCUGCAGUGUAACAUGUGGAGGAGGGGUGGCCAACAGGGUGCUGUACUGUGCUGUGGAAACAGAAGUGGAGGAGGAGGUGGUGGAGGAUUCAGAGUGCAGUGAGUUUCCCAAACCCACCAGCAGUGGUUUCAUGGUAAAAUUAUUAAAAUACUGUAAUUGGUCCAGGUGGAAGAAGUUCGGUGCAUCGCCCUGCUCAGCGUCCUGUGACUUGGGUGUAGCUCAGAGGACUGUGUCUUGUGUCCAAUUUGUUCUCGGCACUGAGAGUGCGGUGCCGGAGGAAAGCUGCUAUGCAGCUGUGAAACCAGCCACCACAGUGCCCUGCCUGGUGCAGGUCUGCACCUUCAGAUGGGAGGUGAAAGCAUGGAGCCAGUGCUCAGUACCGUGUGGAUAUGGGAUCCAGUCCAGAGCCGUGUCCUGCAUGGGCCCCUCUAAGCCGGAGCCCCUCAGCCCUCUGUUUUGUAUGCACAUGCCUAAACCCAUCACCAUCCAGGGCUGCUAUUUGGGCGGCUGCUUACGCCGCAGCACCCAUUGGAUCAUCUUUCUCCAAGUCCAACAGAGCAAAUACCCGUUCCACAGGCCACUCCAACAAGCACCCCAACAAUCUAAACCCAGUGCAUGUGGACAGCUACUCUUGGAGAAAUCGGGCACGGUGGAUUUGAAAGACGUGACUGGCCGCUGCCUGGUAUCCAUAGGUCGCCCCCUCGAUGAGGUCAUUCACAUUAAAGUGGAAUCUGGCUCUUUGAACUGCAGAAAAAAAGAGUAUGUCGCAUUUGUUGACCGCAUGGCAUUGGUGGAAGUCGCGAGCAGGUAGUGGGCUAGUGAACUGACAACCAGAACCAACGUCCUGCUGGUGCGCCAAAGAAUGCUCACCCCCGGGAACGGAGUUGUGUUUACCUACAAUUCACACAAAAAACUGAAGAAGAGCCACCACCAGGAUUGUGACGUUCAGCUGUUUUCCCCCACUGGUGUCUUUGAGAAUCCAACAACGUCCAACACUAACCACACCUGUCGAGUGCUCAUCAACGCCCCACCCGCAGUCAAGAUCAGAAUCCAAGCGCUACACAUAGGACCAGUAUUCAACGCCACCAACUCCCAGUCGACAUACAUCAUGAUCCGGGACAUGGACGUCUUAAAAACCAAUGUGUUUAAAGGCCGUCAGCUGUUUCAGUGGCACUCCUCUGGAAAUAUGGCUGAAAUUGAAUUUCAUGGAGACUACCUGCAUUCCAAAGGGAGCUUCAGAGCCGAAUAUUCCUUUUUUCGUCUUUGA